AUGACUGCACAUCAUUCAUCAGUACAUAAGAGCUCAUCGCAAUCAUCCACCAACAUUGUGGGCGUGCAUUACCGAGUGGGUAAAAAGCUGGGCGAAGGCAGUUUUGGUGUGAUUUAUGAAGGCAUCAAUUUACUCAACAACCAGCCAGUGGCCAUCAAGUUUGAACCUAGAAAAAGCGAUGCCCCUCAGUUGAGAGAUGAGCAUCGAUCUUAUAAAAUCAUGGCAGGAUCUCCCGGUGUUCCGAACGCUUAUUAUUUUGGUCAAGAGGGAUUGCACAAUAUUCUUGUGAUCGAUUUAUUAGGGCCAAGUUUAGAAGAUUUAUUUGACAUGUGUGGAAGAAAGCAUUCCGUAAAGACUGUAGCCAUGCUCGCCAAGCAAAUGAUCAAUCGUGUAGAGAGUGUCCAUGAAAGAAACUUGAUUUAUAGAGACAUCAAACCAGACAACUUUCUCAUUGGUCGUCCAGGAACCAAAUAUGCCAAUAUGGUGUUCAUGAUUGAUUACGGAAUGGCGAAAUUGUAUCGUGAUCCAAAAACCAAGCAACAUAUACCUUACCGAGAACGUAAAAGCUUGUCGGGAACAGCUAGAUACAUGAGUAUCAAUACCCAUUUAGGAAGAGAGCAAUCAAGAAGAGAUGAUUUAGAAUCAUUAGGUCAUGUAUUUAUGUACUUUUUGCGAGGUUCACUACCAUGGCAAGGACUCAAAGCAGCUACCAACAAGCAGAAAUACGAGAGGAUUGGUGAAAAGAAGCAAACGACACCCGUGAAAGAGCUAUGCGAUGGAUUUCCAGAGGAAUUCGGCAUCUACUUGCAAUAUGUGCGUAAAUUAGGAUUUGAGGAAUCGCCAGACUAUGACUUUUUAAGAGAGCUCUUUAAUAAAGUCCUGCGUCGCAUGGGAGAAUCGGAUGAUGGCGUAUACGACUGGAUGCUGAAUGGCAAGAUGGAGACUCGCGAAAGCCGACGUCAAGCCAGAGAGGAACAGCAGCUACAGCAAUCCAAAUCUCGUCGAUCCAAUACGCCCAAUUCUGUGAAACGACAUGCAUCACACCCAAAGAUAUCCCAAAAUACCAAUAUUCCACCUUUACCUAUAACUAAUACUACAACUACUACUGCCAACAAUAUGCCAACUACACCUACUGCUGCCAUGACAACAACGAAUGCCAAUGAUGCCUAUACGAAAAUGCCUGAGCCCACGCAUGGCGUUACCAACAAUUAUGAUCAAGAAACAAAUAAGCAUGAACAUCGUGGAUUUUGGCAUAGUUUCAUGUCUUUGAUGACAUGUGGCACUCAUUAA